AUGACAGCCUUCAAAGAGAAACAUAUAUCUCACCGUCCCCUACUACCAGCCGCAUCAAAUACAAACCCAGACACUCUGCCAAUCCAGCAAGAUAUCUCAAAUGAUGAGUCUGACACCUCAUCAUCUGAAGACCUAUUAGCAGAGGAACUAGAUCAGAUAGGUUUAUUAAACCUUAAUUAUUUUGCAUCAUAUCUUUCUAGAGAGAACUUUACAUUACCAAAUAUUCCCAACAGUUUUUCAUUACCCAACAUGCCCAAUGGAUUCUCAUUACCAAACAUGCCUAAUAUGCCCAAUGGAUUCUCAUUACCAAACAUACCUAACGCAUUUUCAUUGCCCAACAUGCCCAGUCUUGAACUUUCAAAGAUUCAAGAUUUCUCAAAAGAAUUUUCCAACUAUGUAUCAAAUUAUUCCAACUAUUAUAUUAAACGAGAUAAGGCUACCGAAAGAGAUGAUGAGGUGAGGAUAGUUGAUUCGAUUAAAACGGUGCUUUCGACACGUAUUCAGAUGAACAAAUUCUUGCAUGACUUGAACUUGGGAGUAAACAUCACAACUGCUAUUGAUAGAUUACAACCGUUGACUGACAUUAUUCACCAAACGAUCUUUCUUCCAGCAGAGGAUGAGAGUGAAUAUGAGGAUGAUUAUCAUAAAGAUGAAAACUAUGAAGAUGAGAAUGAAGAGAUUACCGAGCCUGGUGGAGUCGGUGGGAUUGUGAAUAAGAGUCAGCCUUUGAUCAAUGAAAUUGUGAAGCCAGAUAUCCCCAUAAUGAGAACUAGGAGAUAUAGAAGAUGGAGAAAUAUUGGAGAUAGUGAGGUUGAUAGCACUGCUUCACAGACUAGUGAUAUUGAUGGGUUGACGGUUGAUGAGGUUAAAGAUUUGACCGAAUUGAAUUGUGUUUCUGAUUUUUUGGAUAAAGAAGAGGUUUUAAGGAAAAGAAUUCAAAGGAUUCAAAAUUUGGAUGGUAUAGAUCAAAAUGACAAGAAUAAAUUAGUGACGAAAUUAAUGAUGGGGAAUUAUUAUAAAUAUAUAAAUGAAAAGCUUUCGCAGGAAAACAAACCGUUGUUAUCACCGUUAAAGAAACAAAAGUUGGUAAUUAAUGAUCCUCCUGCAACCCUAGAAAACCUUGCUGAAGAAGAUGAUCAAAUGAGUGAUUCUGAAAUGGUCGAAGAAGAAGAUGAAGUAGAAACAGAAGCACAAGAAGAAGAUGAAGACGAAGUUAUUCUCACCGAACAAGAUCAAAUCCCGUCAUAUCACGAUGCCCCCUUCAACACCGUCCUAGGAUGUUCACACUAUCAAAGAAAUUGCAAAAUCGAAUGUCCAACUUGUCUCAAAUGGUAUCCAUGUCGAUUUUGUCACGAUGCCCAAAUUACAGAUCAUAAAUUAAUCCGAAAUGAAGUCAAGCAUAUUCUAUGUAUGCAUUGCAACACCCCACAAGUUCCUGAUACCAACUAUUGUGUCAACUGUGAACAAGAACUCGCUAAUUAUUUCUGCCUCAAAUGUGUUCUUUAUGAUAAUGACCCAACUAAAGAAAUUUAUCACUGUGAUAAGUGCGGAAUAUGUCGACUUGGGCUUGGUUUAGAGAAGGAUUAUUUCCAUUGUGAUACGUGUAAUAUUUGUCUUUCUAUUGAUUUACGGGACAAGCAUAAAUGUGUUACCAAUACCACUCAUUGUAACUGUAUGAUCUGUAAUGAAUACUUGUUCACCUCGGUUCAAAAAGUUGUAUUUAUGAAAUGUGGUCAUUCGAUCCAUCAACAUUGUUAUGACGAAUUGAUUAAACAUAGUUAUAAAUGUCCAAUAUGUAAGAAAACAAUCGUGAAUGUGGAAACGCAGUUUAGAUUAUUGGAUCAAGAAGUUAAUCAAAAUCCAUUACCACCGCCAUAUAAUUCAUGGAGGUGUAUCAUAAGUUGUAAUGACUGUAAAGGGAAGUCCAAUGCGCCAUAUCAUGUCCUUGGGUUAAAAUGUAAAUAUUGCAAGAGUUAUAAUACUAAUCAGUUGAAGCUCAUCAAACCCGAGGAAGAGGAUGAUGAAGACAGUGAGAAUAAACAAGAAGAAGAGGAACAUAACUUUGAUGCAAAUGUGAUGAAAUUGGUAAAGACUAAUUUGCUGAAUAAUUUUGGGAUCGAUGAACAAAUGACAGGAGAGAAUAGUGGUUAUGAAGACGAGGAUUAUGAGGCUGAGGAAGAGGAGGAAGAUGAAGAACAAGCUGGGAAUCUUGUGCCUUUAAAGAAAUUAACAAACUCAAUAUUGAACGACAGAGGUGGGGUUAGUAAUGCUUCAUAUAUAACCACCAUGUUUCAGAACUUUAUAAAUAAUGCUACUAAAACUAAUGACAAGAGUGACGACCACUAA